GCUUUCUUUUCCUUUCCCCCAUCGUCUCGCUCAAGCCGAGAGGAGAGAGAAAGCGAGAGGGGAGAGAGGAGAGGAGAGGGUGAGGGUUCCGUGCUGCUCCACGCAUCGAAUCGGGACCGGAUCGGGCCGACCCGCCGGCGUCCCGGCGCCGCCCUGUCUGCCCUGAUAUCAGUGCUGUGAUUCCUUUGCAAUGGCAUCUGGAACUGAUGAGAAAGCCAAGAUGGAGAGUUUGACAUCACCUGCAGCCUUUGUAGAGGGUGGGGUUCAGGAUGCAUGCGAUGAUGCAUGCAGCAUUUGCCUCGAGGCCUUUUGUGAGAGUGAUCCUUCUGCAUUGACUGGUUGCAAACAUGAAUUCCAUCUACAAUGCAUUCUUGAAUGGUGUCAAAGAAGCUCUCAGUGCCCCAUGUGCUGGCAGCCUAUCACUAUGAAGGAUCCUACCAGUCAAGAGCUGCUCGAGGCAGUAGAACGGGAGAGAAAUAUGAGAACCAAUCAGACUCGAAAUACAACCAUAUUCCAUCACCCUGCUCUUGGAGAUUUUGAGGUGCAGCAUUUACCUGUUGUUGGUAAUGAUGCUGAACUUGAAGAGCGCAUACUGCAGCACCUUGCUGCUGCUGCUGCAAUGGGAAGGUCACAUCACCUUGGUAGAAGAGAGGGGCAGAGGGGCCGAUCGGUCUCUAAUAAUCGCCCACAGUUCUUGGUUUUCUCUGCACAUCCAAACACGACUUCUGCUGGCUCAAUUUCAUCAUCCUCUGCUCAAGGGGAAGGUGCUAGCGACUUGAGGAUUCUUGUCCCCACAGCUGGUGAUUUAUCACCGCGUGCUAAUUCCAUUGAAGAAGCAGGCAACCAAAGUCCUGGGAUGCUUACCUAUGAUGCUGAACAAGAUGCUGUUGUUUCAUCUGGAAAUAGUACUCCUGUAUCCAGCCCUAGAUUUUUCAACAGGAGACAUUCCACUGGACAAUCAACUCCAGACAGGGCUGGGCCAUCAGAUCUUCAGUCUUUCUCAGACUCUCUGAAGUCUCGCCUAAAUGCAGUCUCCACGAAGUACAAAGAAUCUAUUACAAAAAGUACUCGAGGUUGGAAGGAGAGGCUUUUUUCACGUAACUCAUCUGUGUCAGAUCUUGGUUCUGAAGUGAGACGAGAAGUUAAUAAUGGAAUUGCGUCAGUAUCAAGGAUGAUGGAGCGUUUGGAAACUAGAGGAAGUAGCAGAGGAAGCGAUAGCCCAACAUCAUCUACUUCUGAAGUUUGUCCCACUGCAGAAUCAAGCAAUGAGAGGGUUACAGAAAGUAACUCAACUAAUACCACCAGUAGUAGCAACACUUCUGCUCCUUGUGUGACUACAUCUGGUUCAAAUUAGUGCAUGUUACUGUUUCUGAAGAGGCAUGCAUGUGCCGAUUCUGCAUCUUUAAAGGUAUGUGCAGGUGACAAAGUUGAAACUCCAAAGACAUGAUGAUGGUGCCAUCUCAGCUGUUGCAUAAAUCACCUCCAGAAAAUCUGAAUGACAAUUUCAUGUAUUGGUUUGAUAAAAGGGUGGUCGUGCCCGAGGUAUUGCCUAGGCAGUCGAUUUGAUCUCCUGUUUCAUCUCUGUAAUUAAAAGUUCUGGAACUUCUGUUUAUUUUGCUAUAAAUAAUGGAUGAUAAUGAAUGUGGUAACUUCAUAGAAUGCCUACUCGUGACAAAUAUGACUAGAACAGUAAA